AUGGAGUUUCUUGCCCUUGAGGAUGGAACAAUUCGUGAUGAACGUUACAGAAUUAGCGAAAUAGUUGAGGAACCGUUUCAAAAGGUCCGAAAAGUAUAUCUACAGGAACCAGCUGUUAGCACUUCUAAAUAUAACGUUACUCAAGAAAAUGGUCAAUCUUCUGAUGUAUUGAGCUUUACUUAUAGUCCUAGAGAGGUGAAAUUUGAGGAUUUUACCGUCGGUGAAACUUACAAUAUAGUUAUAACACUAACUAACUGUACAAAUCGUAUAGCGAGUUUCCGAGUUUUACCAAUAUCUCCAAAGUAUAGGGAUGAAAUUCAUAUUGAGUAUGUUCCUCCACCAAAACUUUCGGCAGGUUUAUCAUGGAAAGUAAAAGUUAUUUUUACCCCUGUGCAAAAUGUGGAUUUUGAAACUUCAAUUACUUUUAGAACUGAACAUGGUAUUUUUUUUGUUCCUGUUAAGGUCAUAAAAAAGAGGUCUAUCUUAUCAUAUUAUCCAGAAAGCCUUGAUUUUGGUGUUGUUGUUUUUGGUGAGAGAGUAACCAAAAAGUUAACAUUACGAAAUGAUGGAGCGCUUCCUGCAAAGGUUUUUGUUUCAGGAUCAUUACGUAAAUGGAUUGAAGUACUUCAUAAGGAACCUCAAAGUGGACGAGAAAACCCUGUUAUAAGUAUAAAAAUUCCUGGUUAUCAAUUGGUAGUAAAUCCAUUUUCUACCUGUGUAAUAGAAGUUACGUUUGCACCUCAUCAAGAUGUCACUAUUGAUGAUGAAAUUGAGCUUAAGUAUGAAUCUGAAGAAAAAGUUCAUAUUCGGAAAAUACCUGUAAAAGGUAGUGGGGGUUCACUUCCUGUUUACCUAUCUUCUGCACGUGAAAUAAAUUUUGAUUGGUGUUUUUAUGGAAAUACGUACUGUGAAAAGACUAUUAUUACUAAUACUACAAAUGUCUCUGUGACAGUAGUUCCUAAUAUACCUUCAUUUUUGUCCUCUUCUCUGGUUUUUAAACCUGAAACAGCUUGUGUUCAAGCAAAUGAUACAUUUGAGUUGUAUGUUUUAUUUACACCCCAGCGCGGACUUGACUCUGUUAUUUCUUCAGUUAUAAUGUUGUCUGUUUCCGGACAGGUAUCACCUAUCUUAAUGACCUUAAAGGCGCAACUAACUGAGCGAGGUUUUUCAUUAGAACAGAAUAAAUUAGACUAUGGUGUAAGUGGACCUAAUGAGGAGAUUAUUAUUCCUUUAAGGGUAAAGAAUCUUUCAGAUUUACCUCAAAAUAUAGGAUUUUUAAAACUUCCAGAAAAUGUAAAUAUUAUGCCGUUUAGAACCUUUACUAUGCUUCCACGAGAAAUAUUCGAUCUUGAAGUUGGAGUACGACCUCCUACUUUAGGUCAAUAUACUCAAGUGAUUAAAAUAACUAAUGAAUAUGGGGAUUCUCGUACUGUUCAACUUGUGGGAUGUGGACGUGAGUAUAGUAUGCGAUUCUCUAAAUCAUGUGUUAGUUUACCAGUUUGUCCUAUAAAUGGUGAAACUACAUGUACAACCGUUUUGCAAAAUUUGAGUUUAUCCUUCCGAAAGUUUUCUUUGUUUUCUCCUAAUGAUGCGUUGAAAGUUUCUCCUUCAACAGGUGUUUUAUCUCCUGGAGAAAGUAUUCCAAUUGUAAUUAUGUUUAAGGCACCUGAUGUUCUACCUGUUACAUUGCCUGUUGAAGAAGUAGUGGCUCGCCCAACCCCGAAAUUAUCGGGUAAAAAAGGAAAAGAUCGUGAUGUUCAUAAUACGUUAGAAAAGCCUCCUGAAACUGUGUUACCUGAUAUUGAUGCAUUAUAUAAGGAUUGGGAUAGUAAUUCUCCUGAUGAAAUAUGGAGUAGGCAUUCAACUUUUUUUGUAAAAUGUGUUGACGGGACAGAGACUGAGAAACAGAUUAUAUUACUUCAAGUUAACUGUACGGUGAUUAAACCAUUACUUGUUGCGGGAUUUCUUUCGCGAAUUACUCCGAUAAUUUCUUCUAAAAGUGAAAUGUCGAAACGAAAUUUAAAAAAGAAAGUCCCAGUGCAGAAUAAUGUUAUGGAUCAAACUCCUGUUUUAGAAAUUUCACCUAUGAGUACAAGUUUAGUUAUAGAAUUUGGUGAAAUACCACUUAAACAACAGGCUGAAAGAGGAUGUUUGCUACGUUACACUGGUGAAAAUGAUAUUGGUUUACAAGUAAGACCUUUAGAUACAUUGUCUCCUUUUAGAAUAGUAAAACUACCAAAUGAACAGUUAUCUAAAAAUGAAGAAUGUACAAUGAGUAUAAGGUUUAUUCCUACAGAGUAUGGUUCAUAUAAAGACAAAAUUAUUAUUUCUUCUAUUGGGGCAAAUGAUAUUAGCAUGUCUUUAUUAGGUGUUUGUCGUCCUGCUGAUUUAUUUAUUACUAAGGAUCGUGACAUCACUGAAGACCAAAUUCAUUCUAUUAAUCAUUUUGUCUUUGAUCCCGUUCAACUUGGACAAGAAUCUCGACAACAAUUGUUUUUUCAUAACUUGACAUCAUUACCUAUUGAAGUAAAUUCUAAAUUUGUAACAAGUGAAGGUGGGGAACCGCAAUGGCCAGAAUCUCAUUCCUUUUUGAUAGAAUGUGAUAAAUUUACUAUUCCCGGAAACUGCAAGAUGAGUACAGGUAUUAUUUUUUGUCCCAAAGUGAUUGGAAAUAUGUGUUUAACCCUUCAAAUUGUUGCAGGUGCAUUUAAACAUAAUAUAGUUCUAGAGGGACGUUCUUGUGAAAAAUUUGUCUAUUUUACUUUUCCAGGACAUAAUAAGCCUAUAGAAGAAGAUUCUAUACAAUACACUGGGAUACAACCAAACAUUUUUCCUUCAGAAGGUAUGUCUGUAUUUUAUCCUGUACAAUUUAAUUGUGUAGCAGAAGAGGUUAAAACGAUAAGAGUUGGUUGCGUCAAGUAUGGGACAAACUUUGAAUGUAUUGUUAAUGGUUGGAGUGAAACUUACCUUGAAAACGGAUGGAGAUUGGAUCCAAUGAAGGCCACUGUGACUGCUGGGGGUUAUGUUACUUUUACCGUGACUUAUCGUCCUAAGCGUGAUGUUGGAGAUGUUUCAUUUUGCGCAUUUUCUUUUGUUACUAAGUCUUCCAAUCCUCAAUCAGAAACCACGUGUCACGUUCGAUGUACAGGAACUAUGUAG